AGAUUUGGGGGCCGGGCCUCGGGCUCGCCCUUGUAGCGACCGAGCCGGCCCGUUCGAGACUCGAACCGGCCCGAACCCAUUGGCGUGGUCCGACCGGGCCUGACCCGCCGAUCAGCCGAUGAAUCAGCACGCGGCAGAGUGACAGACGCAUCUCGCAAGCAGCAGCAGAGCAGAAACUGAGGGAAGCGAGGGACGGCGAUGGCGGGUGCGGAGGGGAGAGGGCCGAGACGGAGCCGCGUGGCGUUCGUGCUGGUGGACGGGAUCGGGGACGUGAGCGUUCCGUCGCUGGGCGGGCGCACGCCGCUGGACGCGGCGUGCGCGCCGCGGCUGGACGCGGUGGCGGCGGCCGGGGUGACCGGGCUCAUGGACCCCGUGGAGCCGGGGCUUGCAUGCGGCAGCGACACGGCGCACCUAUCCCUCCUCGGGUACGACCCACGGGAGUACUACCGCGGCCGCGGCGCGUUCGAAUCCAUGGGUGCCGGGCUCGCCAUGGCGCCUGGCGACAUCGCCUUCAAGUCGAACUUCGCUACACUGGAUGAGAACACUGGAGUUAUCAUCAGCAGGAGGGCAGAUCGGCACUUUGAAGAGGAAGGCCCUAUACUCUGUGCUGCGUUGGAUGGGAUGAAACUUCGGUCGUUUCCUGAGUAUGAAGUCAGAGUAAGAUAUGCUACCGAGCAUAGAUGUGGUGUGGUUGUCAAAGGACCAAAGCUGAGUGGGAACAUUUCUGGAACUGAUCCCUUGAAGGACAACCGCUUGCAUCUGAAGGCUGAACCGUUGGAUGGCUCAGAAGAAGCUAAAAACACUGCAGCUGUGGUCAAUGAGCUUUCUAUGGAGAUUACGCGCAUACUGGUUUCUCACCCCAUCAACGCAAAGCGUGCAGCUGAGGGGAAGAACAUCGCAAAUGUUGUGUUGCUGCGAGGUUGUGGUAUUCGGAUUGAGGUGCCUGCCUUUGAAACCAAACAUGGACUUGCACCUUGCAUGGUUGCUCCUACCAAGAUCAUAGCUGGCCUGGGACUGUCACUGGGGAUUGAUAUCCUUGAAGCACCUGGAGCAACUGGAGAUUAUCGUACUCUCUUAACUUCUAAAGCUAAAGCCAUAGCCAAGGCACUCUCUGCCCCUAUGGAUACACCACCUCGUGUUUUUGUGCCUGGAGAGGAUGGAUACAAGGCUGGAAAAGAAAAUGGAUAUGACUUUGGGUUCCUGCACAUAAAGGCCAUUGAUGAUGCUGGUCAUGACAAGGCUGUCAAGUUGAAAGUACGGGGUCUAGAAGCUGUUGAUCGAGCUAUUGGUCAGCUUGCGAGGCUUCUUUGGGAAGCUGAAAAGGCCGGACACUAUCAGUACUUUCUUUGCGUCACUGGAGACCAUUCUACUCCUGUUGAAUAUGGUGAUCAUAGCUUCGAACCCGUCCCGUUUGCAAUAUGCAGACUGAGAGAUUAUGCAGGAGCCAUUGGGGAGGAUAAUAUUAUGAAUACACAGCUCGACGAUUUUCCCCUCCCUUCGGUAAAAUCCGGAGAAGAUUUGCUCGACAGUAUAGAAUCACUGGAGCACAAGCCUGGUCAACUUAAAGCUUUCAGUGGCGACAGUGUGUGUGAGUUCAACGAGAUCGCCGCUGCGAGGGGCUGCCUUGGACGAUUCCCAGGAAGCGAGAUGAUGGGCAUCAUUAAGAAGUUUAUCAAGGCCAAGAAUGAUUAAUGCUGGUUGAAAUGCUAACCUUUAGCGUAAUAUAUUGGCCAUAAGGUUUAUUAUCAAUGUAAUAAACUAAUAAUGACAGAAUGGAGCAAUAUGGAAGAACCGUCUUGAUUGGAGAUGAAUAAGAGAUACCUUGGUGAAAAACAAUGAGAUCUGCUUAUGUACAUUGUACCCAGUGUUGGGUCACUUUCCGGCCACAUGAAUGAGAAAUUUUGAUGGAAGUUUUCUCCUCUCUUUUUUGCGGGGUUGGGUUAAGGAGUCCAGACUUGAAGCUUCUUGCUUAGCCGUAUGUAUCAUCCAGAAUAUUUUGACACAUUUUAUGCAAUUUUGCAUUCUUAUA